AUGAAUAUCGAAUUAACAGUGAUUGGUCUUCGAGAUUUACACGCCGACGAACUUCCAAUUAAUCCUUUUGUCAAGUUUGUUGUAGGAAAGAACUCUUAUGAAACGACACUGCGCCGUAACACAUUUUAUCCAGAUUAUAAUCAGAAGUUUUAUUUUACAGUCUUACCACAUACCACACUUUCUUUUAAAAUAAUGACUUAUAAUUUCUUUGGCAAAAACACAGAAAUUGGCAACAUGCAGUGGACGAUAUCUCAGUUGAUAUUAAAUAACACAAGACACGAAACAACUUCAGUAUUUCCACGAGGUAAAUUUAUAUUUUCAGUGAAGUGUUUAAAAGGCGGACUUCCAAAUUAUAUGACUCCAUAUAUUGACCCAAGUAUAACAUGUUUUCUCAAAAUAACAGUUAAUAGCAUAUAUGGGACUAGUAGAGCCUUUUUCAAUAAAUUUGGACUUAAUUCCGAAAAAACAAAAGCCGUUUAUAAUAGUUCAAAGGAAUUGACAAGCGUCAAGUUUGAAGCCAAAACUUUGACGUAUUCGACAAGGGUUAAUGUCAAAAAGAUUAUUGAUAACAACUAUCCUACACAGUCUUCAGAUAUUUUGUCAUAUUCAGAGUGUUGUUCUAUUUAUAUAGAAGGAAGUGUAUGUGCCUUCAUCGACUUUUCCGCGCUCUUCUUUGAAAAUAUCAAUACAGAAAAGUCGAUGUCAUUAAGUACCGUACAGUACCAAAUCCCUGAUUUUCGCACCAAUGAAAUACAAGACUUGCACAUCAGUGGCACCAAUGGACUAUCUUUUUUCUUGACAAUUGAGUGUUUACGUAGUGUCUAUCUUCACGUUGAUCCCCGUUUAUUACCACCUCCAAACGACUCGCCAUCAAACAGAGGUUUUCCUUGUGAAGUUGACAUUUUGCAAAUUGGUAACAUGAACGAGUUAUGUAAAAAACAUAAUUUUCUUUUUCCUUCAAUUCAAUUGGAAUAUCAAAACGUCCAAUAUAAAACUUCUUGGAUGUUUGAAAAAAGAAAUGGAAAGGUUCCAGAAGGGUGGUUCCAAGGAUUCUUAAUUCCUAUUCUCACUGGUACAACGUUUUGGUUGGAACUCACGUUUAGAAACUAUCCAGAGUUUAGGGAGAGAACAGCGUUUAGGGAGAAAUGUGUGUGGCCCGAUUUUGAAGGGAAAAAUAAAGUAAAAUUCGAUGUUAAUUUACAAACGGUGAUGAAAGGCGCUAUUCUAAAAAUGGAAUUUAAACGAAUAAGAGAAGUUUCUGCAACAUUUUUGAAAGCUAUGGUAAACGGAAUACCAAAAAUAACAGAGCAACAUGAAAUAGGUAUAAACGAAAAGGAAUUAAAAAGUGAUGAAAAUCAAGUAGUGGUCGAAUCAAAAAUAGAGGGAUUUUCUCCUUUUUCACAUUAA